AUGGCUGCAAAUAUAAAAAUUUCUGAAUUAUCAUCCAACAAAGCUCAAAGUACUGACAAUUCGCCAUCGUCAUCGCCACCAAAUUUUAGACGAGAUAUUUUAUUUCGCCAAUAUCCUCUACUUAUUUUCGGAAGUCUUAUCGGUGUCGUACUCAGUGCCAUCAUUAUAACACCAUUACUUAUCAAUACGAAUGGAACUUCAUCACUGAAUAUCAAAAUUGAAACAUUGGAUCGUGCUACAAAUAUGACACCUGGAAAAGCGUCAAUAGGUUCUGUCAAUUCAAAAUGUCAUCAAUUAACAUUUGCUCCGUACACUACUUACAGCACUCUCGAGAGACCUUAUUCAAUUAGUACUGGUGAUGUUAAUGGAGAUAACAUAACUGAUCUUAUUAUAGGUUACAAUUCUUGGACAUUUAAAAUUACCAUUUAUUAUGGAGACGGAAGCGGAACUUUUUCAACACAAUCUUCGAUAGUUUCGGAUUUGAUACCAAUAGCCGUUGCUGUUGCAGACUUAAAUAAUGAUAAUAUUAAAGAUAUUGCUGUAGCACAUUUUGACUAUUUCGGCAGUGUAGCUGUAUAUCUGGGACCCAUUUAUGAAAACAUUUAUGUCCCAAGAACUCUGUCAGUUGGCGACCGACCAUAUUCAGUUAUUAUAGGUGAUUUUGAUCAUGACUAUAACGCAGAUAUUAUAGUGGCUAAUACUUUUGAUAGUACAAUCAGUAUUUUAUGGGGAUAUGGUAAUGGAACGUUUACAGCUCAAAAUACCGUAAACACCCUUAAUGGUCCCAUAUCACUUGUUGCUGCUGAUUUUAAUAAUGAUGAUUAUUUGGAUUUCGUUAUUGCAAACUUCCACAGUAGUAGAAUAAGUGUGUAUUUCACUCAUGGUAGUGGCGUUUUCCCAACAAUUAAAUCAUUUUUAACAAGGUCUACGCCACGAAGCAUAGCGAUUGGAGAUUUUAAUAAUGAUGAAUACAUUGAUAUUGUUGUUGUUAAUUAUAUCAAUCAUACAAUGAGUGUGUUACUUAAUACUGGUAAUGAUAACUUUCAAUCUCAAAUGGUUUAUUCAACCGGUGAACUACCAAUGUCUGUAGCUGUUGCAGAUUUGAAUGGUGAUACGUAUUUAGAUAUUAUCGUUCCUAGCAACAGAUAUAGUUAUUUCAGUAUAUUUUUGGGUUACGGGAACGGGUAUUUCGGAACUGAACUCAUUUUUAAUACUGAUUUAUGGCCUGCAUCAAUUACUGUUGAUGAUUUUAAUAAUGAUAACCGAAUAGAUAUUGCUGUUGUCAAUGAAGGUGAUGACACACUCAAUAUAUUUUUAAAUACAUGUUAA